AUGAGAAGUGAUGGAUUCGCGUCAGAAGAAUAUCUCAGGGCUUUAUCCAGGCUGGGUCUGGAAGGAAACCUUUUUCACUCGAAGGAAAAUCUGAGGAAGGCGUUCAUUGAACUGAACGCAGAGGUUGAGCUGGACGACGUCUCAGUAAGGAACGCAUACGAAUACUGCCUUAAUUUCCAUGAGGACAUGUACGGGAGAAGCCAAGGAGUUGUCUCGGAGAAGAUUGAAAACGUCACUAAAUUGAAGCGCUCAGUUGGAGGAAUCAGUUACUGGGAGACACUGAUGAUGGGGACUCGGCUGUUUUUCCUAUUUUGCGUUAUGCUUUGGUACAUUCUCCAGCUUAUGAAGCCCUAUGUCCGAUUUACCUCAACAUACUACAUGGAUGAGCCAGAAUCGAGAGGGCUGUUCUCCGCCCGUCGAUAUUAUCGAUGA